UUCAGAGGGCUGGGCCAAGAUGGCAAAGAAUUACAGGAAUUUUUUCAAGUACAACAUCUUGUGCAGAAUUUUCUUCUGUUGGGUUGAUCCUUUACUAUGGGUUGGUUGUUGUCAGAGUCUGUCUCAGUCUGAUCUCACUCCUCAUCCUGAUGAAUGUGAUUCGUCUUAUCUGCAUAAUAAGUUUAACAAAUACUGGUCCCAUGAGCUAGCUACUAGAGGUCCAGCUAAUGCAAGGCUCUGGUGGGUUAUAUUGAAAUGCUUCUGGUGGAGAUCACUACUAAUUCAAAUCUUGACAUUACUACUGGUAGCUGUAUUUUUGACACAAUCAGAGAUACUGGGUCUAGUAACUGAUUACUUUUCACUAGAGAGUCCAACAGCACAUGAUACUAAUUCAGCGUAUCUUUAUGCCUCUCUCCUUGUUCUGAUGUCUUCCUCAGUGGUUUUCCUUAACCUGGUGUUUUAUGCCGGUCGUAAAUUCGGAGGAUUACUUAGGAUUCUAUUAACGAAUGCAAUUUAUUUUAAGGUAUUAAAGUUAAGUCAGAUGACUUUGGGUCGUGUGACUAUGGGUCAUGUGAUCAACAUUGCUUCGAAUGAUGUCCAUCGUUUUGAUGAAAGUAUGAUAUUUUUUCCUUUCUACUUGGCAUUCCCUCUCCAUUUAUCUGUGGUAGUGUAUCUUUUAUAUUUAAAGAUACAAUGGAGCUCCAUGGUUCCUGUUAGCGUGAUACUGCUGUCAAUACCAGUUCUUAUUGCUACUUCACUCUUAUACUCCAAGUUUAGGUUAAAAGCUGCUAAAGUGACAGAUAAUAGAAUCAAAGUGAUGAAUGAGAUCAUCACAGGAAUCAGAGUCAUUAAAAUGUAUGGAUGGGAGUAUGCUUUUAGUCAAUUAAUAAAUAAAAUAAGAAGGAAAGAAGUGUCGUUUGCUUUAGCAAGUCUCUCAGUUUUGCAUUUGAAUUUUGCUUAUUCCUUAAGAGCUCAAAAUUUGAUGUUAUUUUUGUCACUAUCAAUUUUUGCUUUGAGCGGAGGUGUCCUAAAUCCUGGGAUUGUCUUUAGCACCUUUGCUCAACUCACUUUUUUGCGGUGGUCUUUCUCUCAUUUUGUUGGAGCCAUGCUUUAUGUACUUGAAUUUCGUGUUGGAUACAAAAGGAUUAAAGAGUUUUUACUGCUACCAGAAUUAAUGGAAGUCAAAAAAGAAAGUGAAGAGUAUGGGGACUUUCUUCUUACAAGCCAUGAUUCAGUUUCUGAUGUUAAUACUAAUGGGAUUUCAGUUGAGAAUUUAACUGCUUCAUGGUUAAUGAAUGCUGAUUACAUUACUCUACAUGAUAUCUCGUUUAAUGUCAAGUCUAAUUCAUUGCUAGCUGUUGUAGGGCCUGUUGGAUCUGGAAAGUCCACAUUACUCCAGUGUGUAUUGAAGGAGCUACCAGCAUUAAGUGGUAGAGUAUCAGUGAGAGGAUCAGUAGCAUAUGCUAGUCAAGAGGCAUGUGUAUUCUCAACCAGUCUUAGGGAGAAUAUACUGUUUGGUUUACCAUAUGAAGAGGAAUGGUAUAGGAACGUUGUACAUGCUUGCGCUCUUGAAAAAGAUAUAUCGUUAUUGGAGAAUGGUGAUAUGACACUAGUGGGAGAGAGAGGAGUGACACUUAGUGGUGGUCAAAAGGCACGAGUCAAUCUAGCAAGAGCUGUCUAUAGAAAGGCUGAUAUAUACCUCCUUGAUGAUCCUUUGAGUGCUGUAGACUCUGCAGUCAGUAGACAUAUAUUUGAGAAGUGUGUUCGUGGACUGUUGGCAGAAAAGUGUGUAGUGUUAGUGACACACCAAACACAAUAUCUAGAGCAGUGUCACUCUGUAUUAAGAUUAGUGGAGGGUAAGAGAGUGUCAGUAAAUAUUGAUGAGGUUAAGGAAGGCAAUGAAUUAGGAGUUGAUGAUGACAAUAAAGCCAAUGGAAUUGAAGAAUUUAAAAUUGAAUCUACUAAUAAAGAAUUGUUACCAAAUGAACCUCAUGAGGGCGAAUUUUCUGAUUCUAAUGCUCAACCAGAGGAGGAGCGUGCUCAUGGUACAGUAUCACUGAGGACUUACUUUCAAUAUUUUAAAAGUGGUGGAGGAUACAUAUUCACACUAUUUGUUUUUGGAUUAUUUAUUUUUACUGAGGGAGUAACACUUGUUUCAGAUUGGUGGAUUGCUGACUGGUCAGAAUGCUCAGUACAAUCUGACCUCAAUACCUCUACUUGUCAGUUAACUACUAGUGAAAGGAUUCAAGUGUACAGUGGACUGACUGCUGGCUUUGUUACUCUGACUCUCGUUGAAGGAGUUUUACUUUGCGUUUUGCUUAUAAGAUCAUCGCAAGUUCUUCAUAAUAGAAUGUUCUCUCACGUACUGAGAGCACCGAUACUCUUUUUUGACACUAACCCUAUUGGUCGUGUAUUGAAUCGAUUUUCAAAAGACGUUGGAUUCAUGGACGAUAUUUUAGUGAAUAAGAUAUUCAUUAUGGUGUUUUUUGGUAUUAAAACUACUGGAUUCUUCCUAGUUGCGAUGAUUGCUAACUAUUAUCUGAUCAUCCUGAUGGUGAUAUUGUGUACUAUUUUUGUAAGCAUGAGAUGGUACUACAUUAGCACAGCUAGAGAUAUCAAGAGACUGGAAGCUAUUGCUCGUAGUCCAAUCUAUUCUCAUUUAUCAAUGACACUCCAAGGACUCUCAACCAUUCGUUCCUAUUCAAUGCAAUCAGUCAUGAUAGAGAGAAUGCACCAGUAUCAGAACACACAUACUCAAGCCUGGUACCUCUUCAUAGUCACUUCAAGGUGGUUUUCAAUGCGUCUCGAUGGCUGUGUUUUUAUUUUUAUAACUACUAUUGUAUUGUCAUCAAUUUCUUUGGCACAAACUUUUAAUGCUGCUCUUAUUUCAUUAUCGUUAACGUAUGCAAUGUCAUUGAUGGAUGAUUAUGCUUUCUUUUUGAGAUCUAGCACUGAAGUGGAGAACUUAAUGGUAUCUCCAGAGAGAGUUAUUGCUUAUGGUAAAUUAGAAGUAGAGGCAUCAUUGGAAACUCUUCCUGAGUCUAAUAAGCCACCAUCUAACUGGCCUGAUAAAGGAAAUAUUGCACUGAAUGAUGUCUGUUAUAGUCAUUCAGUUGAUGGACCACAAGUACUGACCAAUAUAUCAUGCGUUGUGCCUAGCAAGAAUAAAGUUGGUAUUGUGGGCAGAACUGGUGCUGGAAAGACAUCACUGAUAUCGGCAUUGUUUAGAUUAGCUGAACCAACUGGUGGUAGUAUUGUCAUUGAUGGAAUUAAUGCUAAUGCACUAGGACUACAUGAUCUUAGGAAAAAUAUAUCAAUUAUACCUCAAGAUCCAGUAUUGUUUGGUGGAUCAAUUAGGUACAAUCUUGAUCCUUUUCAAAUAUACAAUGAUGCUGACAUAUGGAGAGCACUAGAACAAGUACAGUUAAAGUCAGUAGUUGAAGGAUUGGAUGACGGUCUAUUGUCAAUCAUAACUGAAGGAGGUAGCAACUUUAGUGUUGGUCAGAGACAGCUCUUUUGUCUGGCAAGAGCUCUCCUGAGAAACAAUCCAAUUUUAGUAUUAGAUGAAGCUACAGCUAACGUAGACAUGAAAACUGAUGGUAUCAUUCAAGAAGUGAUUCGUGAGCAGUUUAGUGAAUGCACUGUAUUGACUGUUGCUCAUCGUCUAAACACUGUAAUGGACUAUGACAAGAUCAUGGUACUGGAUAAAGGAGAAUUAGUGGAGUAUGAUGAACCUCAUUUGUUGCUUUGUCAGUCGUCAUCUUACCUUGGGCAGUUAGUUGAUCAGACUGGACCAGUCAAUGCUAAGAAACUGAGAGACAUUGCUUUUUUGAGCCAUCAAAGAAAAUAAUUAUUAUUAUCUAUUUAUAACAAUCCUUUCUUACUAAAGAAGCUAUAAUUUAAUCAAA